AUGACUGAAAACAAAGAAAGUGAUGACGUCAGACCAGUGUUCCUGAUCCUGAAAGACGUGCUACCUAAUAAGCACUACAUCUACGACUACAUCUCCCACGAAGAUAUCUUUAUUGCGAGACAUCCACGUAGACGCUUUUCUGACCCUGUGACCGAUUCGACAGUAGGAGAAAUUGCUAACAAAGCACUUCCUAUGAAUACACAGCGACGCAACAUGUGGGCACUUCGUGCUUUCAACGAAUGGGCCAUGGUCCGCAAUAACACGAGUAUGAAACUCAAUUCCGACAAACACGUGAAAAUCCUGCAAAGUCUCGAUGUAAUGGAUAUAAAAGAUGUGGCUCAUUGGUUGACUAAAUUUAUUUUAGAGGCGAGGAAGGGAGAUGGAAAUUGCUACCCUCCCAAAACAUUACCGUUACUGGUUAUAGGAUUACAAAGUUACAUGGGCUAUGAACGCCAACAACAUAUUAAUUUCCUAACUGAUGUCGAAUUUCGGUUUUCGGCAAGUGUUAGAUUCCGAAAUGAAACGAUUAUCGCGUACAGGACUGGGAACUAA